AUGUCCACAAACUACGACUUCAAGACCGCCCUCGUGACCGGCGGAGGUGGCGGCAUCGGAAAGGCCCUUGCGCAACAAUUCAUAAAAGACGGGAAGAAAGUCAUCAUUGCCGGCCGCACAGAGUCAAAACUCCAAGAAGCCGCGAAAGAAAUCGGCGCAGCAGCUUACUACGUGCUUGACACUGGAGAUGUCAAAUCCAUCCCAGCUUUCAUCAAGAAGCUGAUUUCCGAGCACCCGGAUCUGGACUGUCUCGUCAACAAUGCGGGAGUGCAGCGACCGCUCGAUGUCAACGAAAUGGAUCCAGAAGAAUUUGGAAGCAAGGCCGAUCAAGAGAUCGACAUCAACCAACGUGGGCCCAUGCACCUUACAUUGCACCUGCUCUCACACUUCAAAUCCAAACCAAUGGCCAUCGUCGUCAACGUAUCUUCCGUCCUCGGCUUCGUCCCAUUCUCCCUCGUCAAUCCCGUAUACUGCGGUACCAAAGCAUGGCUGCACUUCUGGUCAAUGAACCUACGCGCUCAGUUAAAAGAUACCAAGGUCAGGGUCAUCGAAAUCGCGCCGCCAACCGUAGCGACGGAUUUGCAUCGUGAAAGGAAGGAUCCGGAUGACAACAAGAAGGAGAAGAAUCAAGCUGCGUUGAGUGUCGAGGAGUUUACGGAGGAGACGAUAGGGAAGUGGAAGAAGGGAGAUGAGAUGAUUGCUGCGGGACCUGCGAAUAAGAUUGUGGAUACUUGGCAGGAGAAUAUGGGACCGAUUUUCCAGAGCAUGGCCAAAUAG